AUGGUCACAUUCGCAUGUAUCGUUGGUCUGUUGCUGCCGCUUGCGAAAGCCGCAGGUGUCAACAUCGCAUCCACCACGCGUCCCUUCGAGCUGGUCGUCAACAGGGCACUGGGCACCGGCCAAUGCACCUUCCUCGCCCUGCAAGACACACAGCCGUUCAAGGCCCUCCCAGACGACGGCCACUUCAAGCGCAGGCUCCUCCCUACGGGCGAAGAACGCUUUCAGUUCGUCACCCUCGACGAGGGCCACGCUUGGGAGAAAGCCGAGUCGCUCUGCGGGCCCCCGCACAGCUGGGACUUUCACGUACGCGUCGACCCCACCCUCGACCGCGCGGAUGCCACGACGGCGGGCGUGCGCGUCGACCCGCCGCCGCUCGAGGUCGAGCCGCUCUUCGUGUCCGGCCCGGCGAGCAACCGCGUCGACCUCGUGUUCUUCGCGGACGGAUACUUGCAGGAGGAGCGGGCGAGGUUCUUCGAGGACGCGCGGCGGCUCGCCCGGGACAUCUCGCAGAAUCACACGUUCGCGACCGUUCGGCCGCUGCUCAACUUCUGGGCGGCGUUCACCCCGAGCGCGGAGAGCGGGGUUGGGAGAGGGGGUGUGCCCAAAGACACGGUGUUCGGACUGUGUCGCCCUGGUACCGAGCUGCGUGCCUUGUAUUGCACCAAAGAGGACGUAGCUCGUGCAGCUUGCGCAUCUAUGGGCGACCAGUGCGACUACCCAAUUAUCGUCGGCAACGACCCACUGUAUGGAGGCCUUGAGGGAGAGAUAACCACAAUCACCCCGUCGCUCGCCAACGGAGCACUGGUGCUUAGGCACGAACUCGGCCACUCCAUCAUCUUGGCAGGCGAAGAGUACGACGGGAGCGAGGCCGAGGGUUACUACGGCGUCAACGCCGCGCACAGCACCGCGCGCUCCUCCGUCCCCUGGGCACACUGGCUUUCACCCGCAUCGUCGCCCGCGCCCGCGCACCUACACGGUGCGCAGCACCCGCUCACGGACGCGGUGCGCAUCGAGCGCGCGGUGAUGCCGCUGCAGGACUACGCGUGGGCCCCGCUCAACGCGUCGGCGCCGUGGAGCACGACGUUCAUCUCCGCGGGGACGUUCGCGCGGGGGCUCGUCCGGUUCUCACUCGCGGGCGUGCCGCGCGUGGGGGACCUGCGUGUCGCGCUCGACGGGCAAGACCUCAGGUGGGCGCCGCGCGCGGACAUUGGCGUCGACCGGUGGCACUACGACAUUGAGCUUGAGGAGCAGUUGGGGGGCGGGGAGCAUGUGGUGAGCUUUGAGCUCCAGGAGGGUGCGCGGGAGGGCGUGGCGCAGUUGUGCAGCGUGGAGGUGCUGGAGUUCGGCAACGAGGAUGAGUUCGUGUCCACUCCGGGACAUUACGGCCUAUACCCGACAUUCUCGGACACGAACAAGACGACGUACCGGCCGACGAACGAGGACUGCCUCAUGCGCAUCGUCACCACCCCGGACUUCUGCAGCGUGUGCAUGGAAGGCUUGUGGCAUGCGCUCCUCCGCCGCGUUGACCUCAUCGAUGGCCUUACUGUCGAAUGUUCUUCUGACUCCGCCCCCGCGUCACCACCCGAGCGCACUUUCAACCUCUCGCUCAUCCCCCUCGCCCAUCUUCGUGAAACAUCCAUCACAUUGGAAGAAGGCUUCGAGAUUACGUGGACCAAGGACGGAGUCGAGGUGCCGGAAUUUACGAACCAGACGCGCCUCGUGGACGACGGGGGUGCGGUAGGUGAAUACGCGGUUUGGGUGAGGUACAAGGCGGCGGAGGUGCGGGUGGACCCAGAUGGAUUGCUGGAGGCACGAGCGAUGGUGACGGUGACGACGACGUGUUGA